AUGUUUGCAGGUGGAUUGGAGGAUGGUUUGGAAGAAAAGGAGCCGCUGCAGGAGGUCACAGCACGACCAAAAGCUAAAGGAAAGGUUGUUGUCAAAAAGAGGAAGUGGACUGAGGAAGAAAUCCAGGCUGUGGAGAAAACCCUCAUGGACUGCAUCAGGACCCUAAAGACGCCAUCAAGUGACCCCAUUAACCUGUCCGGGGUGCGUCAGCCUGGGAGGGCAUCUUUUUCUGCCAGCUCAGACUGUUUUAAGCCCUAG